AUGUGGCUGCCCCCACCUCCUGGCAUCGAAGGCCCUGUGGCGGGUCUGGGAAGGCAAGGCUACCACCCGACCAGGAAGGCAGCCCGGUCUCCUUGUCUGGGGUCCUGGCAUGAGGCCAUGUGCUGGCCACCCCUAGGCACUGCCCAGAACCCUCAAAAGAGCCAAGAGCUCGUUAAGGAGGUUGAGGUGCCCCAGGCUGCCCUGGGUGUCCCAGCCCACGGCACAGGGGGUGGCUGCCACACACCUGUGGCUGAGGAGGAGGUGGGCGUCCCCAUACCAGCACCGGGGCUCCUGCAGGUCACGGAGCGAAGGCAGCCCCUAAGCAGUGUCUCCUCUCUGGAGGUGCACUUCGACCUCCUGGAUCUCACGGAGCUGACGGACAUGUCGGACCAGGAGCUGGCCGAGGUCUUCGCCGACUCGGACGACGAGAACCUUGCCAACGACUCCCCAGCAGGCCUGCACCCACUGCCCCGCGCCGGCUGCCUCCGCUCCCCAUCCUGGACCCGGGCGAGGGCCGAACAGAACCAUGAGAAGUCACCCAUCGGCGACCCAGAGCGGCCAGCUGCCACUGCCACAAGCACUUUCCUCACCGUGGACAGGCCCAAGGAAGACUAG